AUGCGUGACGUCAUAGGUGAAGGAAUACGGGGAUAUUUUGGGAUACCAAACAGCACUAUGGAAGUACUAUAUUUGGGGUCGUUUCACUGCAAGCUUAACACAUCGUUUUGUGUCACAGGAUACUAUAAGGAAAAAGAUCUGAUGACUGAAGACGAUGUGUUGGAUCGCCUCCCGUUCUAUUGCUCCAAAAGAAACCCAUUUCAUGUAAUCCACCAUAUAAACUUCACCGGUGGCGAUGGAUUUGGAGAAUGGGACAAUUAUUAUGAACCAUUUUUGGAGCUGGUACACAAUUGCACCUGUGACAACACUGCUCGUCGAAUAAUUCAUUAUUUCCCACUUGUGAAGUUCAGAUUCCUACCACCAGAAGAGCUGAAGCUCAAAUAUCAAGAAUUUGAUAUUCACAUGACAAACAAUGGGACCACGCAUGAAUUCAUCAACCCAUCCAAAGAUGAGUAUUCCCAAGAACUUCGUGAUUGGAUUGUUUCGUCAAAACCAAUUCAUACCGAUGAAAAAAUGACGGAGAAAAAUGCCGCAAGUCAUCUUCGCGCAGAUUUCUAA